CUCUCUCCCGGCAGGAAGAUGGUGUCUGUCAGGAUGCGGUCGUGUGUGUUGUCGGUUUUACUCCUCAACGUUUUCUACAGCGUCGUCUCCUCUUUGUAUUUUCACAUCGGAGAGACGGAGAAGAAAUGUUUCAUAGAGGAGAUCCCGGACGAGACCAUGAUUAUCGGUAACUAUCGGACUCAGCUGUACGACAAACAGAGAGAGGAGUACCUGCCGGCCACUCAGGGUCUGGGGAUGUUUGUGGAGGUCAAAGAUCCUGAUGACAAGGUGAUUCUGUCUCGGCAGUACGGCUCAGAGGGGAGGUUCACCUUCACCUCACACACACCUGGAGAGCAUCAGAUCUGCCUGCACUCCAACUCCUCCAAGUUCUCCCUGUUCGCAGGAGGCAUGCUGAGGGUUCACCUGGAUAUUCAGGUCGGAGAACACGCCAACAACUACGCUGAGAUCGCUGCCAAAGACAAACUGACGGAGCUGCAGCUGAGAGUCCGACAGCUGGUGGAGCAGGUGGACCAGAUCCAGAAGGAGCAGAACUACCAGAGGUACCGUGAGGAGCGCUUCCGUCAGACCAGCGAGAGCACCAACCAGCGCGUCCUCUGGUGGUCCAUCGUCCAGACGCUCAUCCUGGUGGCCAUCGGCAUCUGGCAGAUGAGACACCUCAAGAGCUUCUUCGAGGCCAAGAAACUGGUCUAAGUUUUCGACUGGGCGAAGAGUGUGAGUCUGUGUGUGUGCGAAUGUGUGUGUGUGUGUGUGUGUGUAUGCGAGUGUGUGUGAGAGGGCGUGUGAGUGUGUUUGGUCUCUACUGAUUGAUGCAGUGCCGAGCAGCGGCGGCGGUGGCGGUCGGAGGAAAACUGCUGAGGAGGCGGGACAGAGAAACCCCAGCUGCACGAUUCGGCUUCAAAACAUCCUCUUUAGAUUAUUAUUAUUAUUAUUAUUGAUGUUAUCAUAGUUUGUGUCAGCAGCUCUGUUUGUAAUGAGCCCCUCAUGUUAACAGUGGAACAUGUGACGACUGUAUUUAUGACACAGACACUGAACCGCAGACGGGCCGGCUUCGCUCUGACAUCAGAGCUGAAGCUGACAGUCGUGUGUUUGACGUGUGUGUUUCCUGUCUCCUUCCUCACUGUGAUGAGACGGGACGUGUUACUGGCCUCAGAGAUGAUGUUUGUGAAUUAUCAGUUUGACACAAAGCAGAAAUUCUAGUUUUUAUUUCAUCUGUAAAACAUUUUGUGACACGUUUUCUGCGUCUUGAAUCACGCAGGAAAAUCUGAACGUGGAGAUUUUGAACAGAACUAAAAUUAAUGACACUCGAGGACGUCACAGUUCAUGUUGACGUGAUGUCACAGGAAAUGGCUGUCCCUUAUUUUGUCCCUGAUAAACUACAUUUUGUGGUGUUAAUUCGUGAGGACGUGUGAUACUGAUGCUGCAGUGAAAACAGGGCUGAAGUGUGUCGGCUCUUUGUUGUGCCACUGGCUGUUGAAUACUGAAGCAGAAUAUAAGUAUUUCACACGUUCAGACUGAUCUCUGAUCUCUGUUUGACUCUCGACUCUUUGUUUUUUUUUAAUUAGCAGAAUUUGGCCUCUUCAUCAACUCUGUUUUAAAUACCUGAAGCAGUGAUCAAACAAGAAGGAAGAAAAACCUGUUUCAGUUUCCUCCUGCAGAAUGUAGAGGUCGGACGUGUUCCUGAAACAGACGCUCUAUUAUUCUGCGUCAGGUGUUUGCAGACAGGAACGCGUUGUAUUAAGUAAACUUCAGGCUGCUGUGGCUUCAUUAAUGAGGUGAAAUCAAAGGUUUCAGCUUUUAGCGUCAGUUUGUCUUUAAUGUUUCAGCCCGGCUCUGUGAACUCCAACAAAACGAGACAGUUUCCUGUUUGUUACUGUGCGUGAGUGAAUCCACAUUUUUACUGUGUCCAAACUGAAUGUAUGUUUCUGUUCUCCUGGUUCUGGCUCGCUGACGGAGGCGUGGAGAGAAGUCUUCUGCUAUCAGAUCAUUUGGCACCGUUUAAAGGCUGCGGUCAUAUUUUAAUUUAAUCUGAUUAAUCGUCACGUUUCUUCAGAUGUGGUGGAAACACAGACGGGAACGUUCAGAGGGAACUUUAAAUCCUCUGCUUGAAAAGCAGCUGUAGAUCUUGAGGCGUCAAUACUAUCAAAUACAAAAGAACUAAGAAACAACGCUGUUUGGAUCUGCGUCUGAUGUUGAACCCAGUCAUUUGAAGGAAAAGAUUUUAUCUUUGACCUAACAGCAUCAUUUGUUGUCUCCUGUAUGAAAGGAAAAUCUUGAACAGAUUCUGCUCGCUGUAGAAAAACAUGUAAAGAUUGUGCAGCGCUGUGUCGCCACCAGCUCCUGACCCGCUCAGAUGAUCUUCACCUCCAGAUGUUUCACUCUUCAGGCGUAAAACUUUAAAACAGAACAUGUGGUGGGAAGUUAAAUCAUUACAUAUUCAGCCUCACGUGGUUCUGAUGAGCAGUGAAACAAUUUCAGAUCCUCUUAUGUUCAGUGAACAGAGUCAGUCUGAACGUGAGGAUCCUGAAAACGUCCCUCAGCUGAAGCUCCUGAGGAAGACGUUAGGUGUCAAACACGUCUUCAGCCGUAAAGAUUUCAUCUCUUUUUGUUUCGUCUUUAUUCUCUGGUGGUUUGUGUUGAACAGUUUUAUGUUGCUGGUAGAUUUCAAAAAUGUUUUUGGGGGUUAGAAAAUAAAUCAGAUGGUUUUUAGUCUGGACGAGGGGCUUGAGUUAAUUUUAUUUUUAGGGAGAUUCUGUCCGUGUGAAAUCUGUCUGAAAUUGCACUCGAAAUAAAGUUUUGUCACAUUUGGUUUAAACGAC